AUGUCGGACAAGCAGAAAACAGCACUAAUUGCCGCCUCUAUAGUCACAGGCUUGACUACCGGCACAUACCUGUUGCGUUUAGCCAUGCGUCCUGUGCUGCGCACACGGGCCGCCAAGUUUUUCAAAGGAAUGCUAGCAGACGCUGAUAUCGUGAUCGAUCGAGACAUUCGCAUCUAUGAUGAGGAUAUUUUUCUCGACUGGGUACAUCGUGGCAUGUUGGCCAUUGGCGAGUCCUACAUGGCUAAGAAAUGGGACGCCAUCAUUCCACUCGACGAGCUGCUUACACGUCUCCUGUCGCUGUCCGCCGACAAACGCCGCCAAAUCUUCAAGGCGUGGAAUGCAAAGUUUGUUGCUCUAGGUGGUAAGAUUUUCAACUACCAGUCGCCCUCGCGCGCUGGUAUUGUUGGUGCGCACCAUUACGACCUGGGCAACGACUUUUUUAAGCUCUGGCUUGACCCAUACAUGCAGUACUCGUGUGCCUAUUGGAAGGGCAUCGAGGACAAGUACGACCUCGACGCAGCGCAGCGUAAUAAGCUGCGCCUGAUUGCCAGGAAGCUCAAGCUCGAGCCGGGCAUGCGUGUACUCGAGAUUGGAUGCGGCUGGGGUGGCCUUGGCUGCUUUCUCGCCAAGGAAUAUGGCGUGCAUGUUACUGGCAUUACUAUCUCCAAUGAGCAGCUCAAAGGUGCGCGCGAGUGGGCCAAGCGUGAGGGUGUGAGCGGUCUUACGAGCUUCGAGUACUGCGACUACCGCCAGAUGGAUGGCCAGUUUGACCGUGUCGUGUCAAUUGCCAUGAUUGAAGCUGUAGGUUACAAGAAUUUGGACGAGUACUACAGCGUGAUCAAGCGUUGCUUGAAGGAGGGUGGUCUUGCGCUUGUACAUGGUAUUGCCGCUAACCGCUCCAUUGAGGUACCAAUCCAGCUCUGGAUUCUCAAGUACAUUUUUCCCAACGGUUUCCUGCCAUCCAUCGCACAGAUGAUGUAUUUCUCGGAACGCAUGCUCAUUGUGGAGGACGUCCACAACUUUGGCCCAGAUUAUGACAAGACGCUCAUGUGCUGGCAUGAACGGUUCCAGAGCCACCUUAAGCAAGGCAACAUUAACCGCUCUGAGAUAUUUUGCCGUAUGUGGGAUUUCUACUUGCAGUACUGUGCCGCUGGCUUCCGCGCACGUACCAUCCAACUUGUGCAGAUUGUCUUUUCUAAGAAGUGUCCAGACCGUUACGAUGCUGUGCGAUAG